CGGCUGGGUGGGGGCCGGCACGUCUCCAGUGCCCGCAGUGAUCCCCAUCCGCAAGACCCUGAAGCCCUUUGAAAUAGACGGUCAAAGCCGCGUGGUUGCUCUGCGACUGCAGCGGCGAGACCCAACGCCCGGCCCCCGCUCCUAUUAGCUCGCAGCAGUCCCGGCCCCGCCUACUGAGGAUUCGCAGGGCGGCCGCUGGGCGCGCUCUCCCAGCUCGGCCACAUCCCGUUUCUGCACCAAACCCGCCAGCCGCGGCCCACCGUGUGCUCCACCCGUACCCGCCCCUGGCCAGCAUCGCCAGGCCUCAAUGCGGAAUAGUCUCUGGCAGAGUUCAAAGAGGGAAGGGGAACUCCCGCGAAGAGUCUAGUGUGGGAGACAUUACCUCAUCCGUCAAGAUUGCUCGCUGCAAACACAACGCUGAGAAAUGGCCCAAGUAAAGCGUGAUCAGGGUCUUGCAUUCUUGGCACAUCUAGGAAGAACGUGCAAGGAUGCGAAUUGUGAAUCGCUUCUCCAAACAGAGCUGCUUCAUCUGACUCAAGCUGGCCUGGAGAAAGGAGGAAGAGGCAAGAGUUGAGAAUUAUGGCUGCAGGAAAAUUUGCAAGCCUUCCCAGAAACAUGCCGGUGAAUCACCAGUUCCCCCUGGCCUCAUCCAUGGACCUUCUAAGCAGCAAGUCCCCUCUCGCUGAGCAUCGCCCAGAUGCCUAUCAAGACGUGUCUAUACAUGGCACCCUUCCACGGAAGAAAAAAGGUCCUCCUCCCAUAAGGUCCUGUGAUGAUUUCAGUCACAUGGGCACCCUACCCCACUCCAAAUCCCCACGGCAGAACUCAUCUGUGACCCAGGAUGGCAUCCAGGAGAGCCCAUGGCAGGACCGGCAUGGCGAAACCUUCACCUUCAGGGAUCCACAUCUUCUGGACCCAACUGUGGAAUAUGUGAAGUUCUCCAAGGAGAGGCACAUCAUGGACAGGACCCCCGAGAAGCUGAAGAAGGAGCUGGAGGAGGAGCUGCUGCUGAGCAGCGAGGACCUGCGCAGCCAUGCCUGGUACCACGGCCGCAUCCCCCGACAGGUGUCUGAAAACCUUGUGCAGCGAGAUGGCGACUUCCUAGUUCGUGACUCUUUGUCCAGCCCUGGGAACUUUGUCCUGACCUGUCAGUGGAAGAACCUCGCUCAGCAUUUCAAAAUCAACCGGACAGUUCUGCGACUCAGCGAGGCCUACAGCCGCGUGCAGUACCAGUUCGAGAUGGAGAGCUUCGACUCCAUCCCCGGUCUGGUGCGCUGCUACGUGGGCAACCGCCGGCCCAUCUCCCAGCAGAGUGGCGCCAUCAUCUUCCAGCCCAUCAACAGGACGGUGCCCCUGCGGUGCCUGGAGGAGCGUUAUGGCACCUCCCCAGGCCAGGCCCGGGAGGGCAGCCUCACCGAGGGAAGGCCGGAUGUGGCCAAGAGGCUGAGCCUCACCAUGGGUGGCGUCCAGGCCCGAGAGCAGAAUUUGCCCAGGGGAAACCUCCUCAGAAACAAAGAAAAGAGUGGUAGCCAGCCAGCCUGCCUGGAUCACAUGCAGGACAGAAGAGCCUUGUCCCUCAAAGCCCACCAGUCAGAGAGCUACCUGCCGAUUGGCUGUAAGCUGCCACCUCAGUCCUCGGGUGUGGACACAAGCCCCUGCCCAAACUCACCUGUGUUCAGGACGGGAAGCGAGCCCGCCCUGAGCCCAGCAGUGGUUCGGAGGGUCUCCUCGGACGCCAGGGCUGGGGAGGCGCUGAGGGGAUCAGACAGUCAGUUGUGCCCUAAGCCGCCGCCUAAGCCCUGCAAGGUGCCAUUCCUCAAGGCUCCCUCGUCUCCCUCUGCCUGGCUCAACUCAGAGGCCAACUACUGUGAACUGAACCCAGCGUUUGCCACAGGCUGUGGCAGGGGAGCAAAGCUACCCUUAUGUGCCCAGGGAAGCCACAAAGAACUGCUCACAGCCAAGCAGAAUGGGGCGCCAGGUCCCCGGAACUCUGGCAUCAACUACUUGAUCCUUGAUGAUGAUGACAGGGAAAGACCUUGGGAACCUGCGGCAGCUCAGAUGGAGAAGGGGCAGUGGGACAAGGGUGAGUUUGUGACGCCCCUCCUGGAGACUGUCUCCUCCUUCAGGCCCAAUGAAUUUGAGUCAAAGUUCCUUCCCCCUGAGAAUAAGCCCCUGGAAACAGCAAUGUUGAAACGUGCGAAAGAACUGUUCACCAACAACGACCCCAAGGUCAUCGCCCAGCACGUACUGAGCAUGGAUUGCAAGGUUGCUAGGAUACUUGAAGUCUCCGAAGAGAUGAGGAGGAACAUGGGGGUGAGCUCAGGCCUGGAACUCAUUACCUUGCCUCACGGACACCAGCUGCGCCUGGACAUAAUUGAAAGACACAACACGAUGGCCAUCGGCAUUGCAGUGGACAUUCUGGGCUGCACAGGCACUUUGGAGGACCGAGCAGCCACUCUGAGUAAGAUCAUCCAGGUGGCGGUGGAACUGAAGGAUUCCAUGGGGGACCUCUAUUCCUUCUCAGCUCUCAUGAAAGCCCUGGAAAUGCCACAGAUCACAAGGUUAGAAAAGACGUGGACUGCUCUGCGGCACCAGUACACCCAAAAUGCCAUUCUCUAUGAGAAACAGCUGAAGCCCUUCAGCAAACUCCUGCAUGAAGGCAGAGAGUCCACAUGUGUUCCCCCAAACAAUGUAUCAGUCCCACUGCUGAUGCCACUUGUGACCUUAAUGGAGCGCCAGGCUGUCACUUUUGAAGGAACCGACAUGUGGGAAAAAAACGACCAGAGCUGUGAAAUCAUGCUGAACCAUUUGGCAACAGCGCGAUUCAUGGCCAAGGCUGCGGACAGCUACCGGAUGAAUGCUGAGAGGAUCCUGGCAGGUUUUCAACCAGAUGAAGAAAUGAAUGAAAUCUGCAAGACUGAAUUUCAAAUGCGAUUGCUAUGGGGCAGCAAAGGCGCACAAGUCAAUCAGACAGAGAGAUAUGAGAAAUUCAACCAGAUUUUAACUGCCCUCUCACGUAAAUUGGAACCUCCUUCUGUAAAGCAAGCAGAGCUUUGAUAACUCUCCAGAGAACCUUUAGAAUGUCUUUUCAAGUUUCCCCAGCUUCAUCUUUGGGAAAGCUUACUAUUUGAUAAAGUAAUAAUGUACAAAUCUGACAAUAUACAAGCUUUUAGUAUCCACAGGAUAUUAAACGUGUAAAUUGCACAGAACACACUUAUUUAUGAAUUGUCUAAAGUUACUACUGAUUUUAAAAUGAAUAAUUUAUUAUUAAGGUAACUACUGCUAAUGUUGAUCAGCAAAUUUAAGAGAAGACCUAGCUAUGUUGGCUGGUUGCUUUCUAUUAUCAUGGUAUUUGACCAUUUUAGUUUUAAUUCCAUGUCAGAUAAGUGUAAAUAGAAGAGUUUAAGAGCAUGAAACAUUUCAGAAGGUAUCAGUUAUAUGAUAUUCUUUAAACAAAUAUGAAAAAUGUAAAUACUCAUGAAUGAAAAUACAUCAUCAUCUUUUUGUGAAA